CCCUUGGCAUUCAAAAGCGCCGAAAGAGAGAAACCUAACAACCAUAGCCUUCCCUAACUCAUCGUGCGAGGUCCCUCGGCCUCCGCACAACCCCAACUCCAAGGGGCUGUGCAUGUUUUCCACGCCCAUGUCGGAACUGGAACUGGAACUGGACGUCCAUGCGCGGCCACCCUUCCUGCUCCAGCGCCCACCGCUCCUGCAGUCCGCACCGCCGCUCUUCAAGCAGCGAUCGUGGUCGCCGGACGCCUAUCGUGAUGAGGCCUGGCUCCGCCGCAAGGGAAACUGGAAAAACCGUCGCAGCAAGAGCGUCACCGACGAAGACGUGGACGAACUCAAAGCCUGUAUUGAAUUGGGCUUUGGAUUCGAUUCCUCUCCUGAAGUCGAGCUUGAUCCCCGCCUCUCCGAUACACUUCCCGCUCUCGGCCUCUACCACGCAGUCAAUAAACACUACAACGAAUCCCUCGUUCCCAAGACCACGACCACGCCGUCUUCCUCUGCCGCAUCUGACUGCGAAGGCACUCCUUCCCCGCAUGGCAGUCCCCACUCUGCCAUCUUCACCACAGGUGAUAACCCUCAGACCGUGAAGACGAGACUGAGGCAGUGGGCUCAGGUUGUUGGAUGUGCGGUGCGUCAAAGUUCUAGCUGAAUGGGUUAUGUGAUGAGAUGAUAAUUGUUGAUUCGAGUUGUUAAACCUAAACCAUUGCAAUAGAAGCUGUGUGUGAUUGAUAUAAAUGACAACUAUUUCCCACCGAAGCAAAGCGAUGCGGACCCUAUUUAACCACCCGAUUAUGAGGGAAGCAAACUAGUUAAUACAUGUGGGAGUGUCGGCAGAACUUUGUUUUGUAAUGUACUUGUGGAAUAUGUGAUGACUAAGUUAGAUCUAUUAUAGUAUUAUUACCUAUGUCAUGUGGUAGACUUACGUACAUUUAGUUUUAUCUUUGUUUCUGUGUUUGUACUGGGUGUGUGAAAAGAAAAGUGAAAAGGUCUUGGGUCUACUAGUGUAUUUGAAUCAA